AUGGGUGACAACAACGCUCCCGAUCUGUCCAUCGUGGGUGAUCGUCUAACAUUACAUCCACCUGGCGUCAUUCAGGACCAGGAAACACCUCUCCUGACUUCAUAUGCUCGUUUUCGCUCAGCCCCUUUGGACUNNUUUUUACGAGAAGUCAGUCUACAUCUUUCCGGUACUGGUUGGCGCUCUUAUGAUGACUUCAUUGGUCGAAACAUAUUCUACAAUGGCUUCAGCGACCACAUCAAAGCCUUGGUUUUGAAGAAUCCCCGACUACAAUCUAGGAUCUCAGAGUUAGCACACAAAAGACUCGAUGUCGAGAUUGCAGACGGCACUCUUCCAACCCACAAGGUCGAAGAACGACGAAAAGAAAUGGAGGCUCAAUUGAUCCAAGUUGCCGAUUCCUGGACUGAUCAGAUGAUCUGCAAGAUGGACAGUAGGAGAUUCAUUCGUGGUGCAUACUACAUUGCGACCCAACUCCUUACGAGAGCCUAUCACCAGGGUAUUCAUGUCUCUAGCGAGGAAGUUUUGCGCCUUCGCAAAGUUGCCCAAGAAGCAGAGAGAAAGAAACAAUCCAUAAUCUUCCUACCAUGUCAUCGCUCACACGUAGAUUACGUCUCACUACAGCUCAUUUGCUAUCGUCUUGGUCUUGCCUUACCUAUCGUGGUGGCUGGCGACAACCUCAACUUUCCCGUGGUGGGUCCCUUUNUACAGCAUGCUGGUAUGUCAGAUUCUCUGAUCUUUUCUUCUUAUACUGACCUUUCUAAGNGUGCAAUGUGGAUCCGCCGUAGCUUUGGUGAUGAUGCAUUAUACACAACUCUUGUUCAAGCAUAUUUAGACACAUUGCUACAGGAAGGACACAAUUUUGAAUGCUUUGUUGGUUUGUAUCAUCCACCCAUCCAUGCUGUUCGCUGCUUAUACACCUUCANNGAGGGCGGCCGUUCGCGCACAGGGAAGCUCUUACAGCCAAAGUUCGGAAUCUUGAGCUUCUUACUCGAAAGUGUACUGUCUGGCCAGGUCGAAGACGCCGUGAUCUGUCCCGUGAGCACACAGUAUGACAAGGUCAUCGAAGUCGAGCUUACAACAUUGCCGCCUCGCAUCAAGAGUCCUGAGGAUGUUGCUCUUAAACGUCGCCUCUUAACAACCCUUGGCUACAAGGUGCUCUCUGAUAUCAACGCGGUUUCUGUGGUUAUGCCUACCGCAUUGGUCGGUACUGUUCUCCUCACUCUUCGUGGACGUGGUGCUGGCAAAUCAGAGCUAGUGCGUCGAGUUGAUUGGUUAACAAAACGGGUCAAGAAGCAAGGUGGCCGUAUAGCCCACUUCUCAGGUCUUCCGACAACCGUCGUUGUAGAGCGUGCUCUUGAAGUUCUGGGCCAAAACCUGGUUGGAGAGUACAAAAACUUACCGGAGAAGACUUACUACGCUGCAGAUCGCUUCCAGCUCAGCUUCUAUCNNCUCUUCCGUGGCGAAUUCAUCUUCCCAACCACGCCUCUAGCAGAAAACCUCACCAACACAUUGACCGGACUCGAAUCAGACAACAUCAUCUCCGUCAAACGAUCCGAGAACGACGGCAGCACAAUCGAAUCAAUCUCGCUCGACGAAACAGAACGUCUCUCAGGUCGCGAAAACUACGAUUUCUACUGCUUCUUGAUCUGGCCAUUCAUUGAAGCUAGCUGGUUGGGUGCCAUAAGUCUCUUGAUGCUUACACCUCCUUCAUCCAACGCCUCACAGCAGACUUCGCUACCGUUAAACGCUGUAGUUACUCAAGCACAAAGACUAGGCAAAACUUUGUAUGCCCAAGGCGACAUUUCGUACCUCGAAGCCGUCAACCGUGAAACUUUGCGAAACGCAUACACGCGGUUUGCUGAGAGUGGCAUUAUUUCCAUCACGCCUCCAUCCAAGGAUGGCAAGAUCCCUGCCUCUGUCCAUCUUACUCCAGAAUGGAUGCCCGAAAGAACGACAGAUGGACAAAUCAGCCCUCAGGGAAAGCUUUGGGAGUACUGUGAGAGUAUUAGCAAGGCGAGACGAGAAGGCAAGAAUAGACGUGAUGGAAAUACGGUUGUGAGGAGGAUCUUUGGAUUGGUGGAGUUGGUUGGUGAUGGCUUGUGGAAGGAUGUUGAGGUUUCGAAGGUGGCGGUGCCUGCUAAAGGAGAUGCAGAGCGGAAGGCUAAAAGAAGGGAGAUUCGACCUUCGCCAAAGCUUUGA